AUGGAGGAUCAAAAGCAGACAAGUUUCACUUUCGAGAUAGAUAACUUCUCUGAGAAGGAAGCUAUGAUAUCAUCACCAACAUUCUCAAGCGGCGGUUGCCAAUGGUAUGUUAGGGUUUACCCCAAAGUUGAUGAUCACUUGUCUUUGUACCUCCGCGUCGCGAAUCCUGAAUCAUUGCCACCUGGUUGGAAAAGACGAGCUACUUAUUCCUUGGUUCUAUUGAAUCAAUCACGCAAAGAGUUCUUCAGAACAGAUGAAUUCUGCAGUUUAUUUUGCGCUCAGUUCUCAAGUUGGGGUUUUCCAAAGGCGGUACCUCUUAAGAAGAUUCAAGCAAAAGGGUUUUUGGAGAAGAACAAACUGAUUGUUAAAGUGGAACUCAAAGUAGUUGAUGAAGGAGAUGCCAUUGGGAAUGAGAAGUCAGAUGUCAAUGGUUUCCUAGUCCUUUCUUCUCAGGUUGAUUCACUGAGUAGGCUUUUCGUUGAACACCCUGACUUUGCAGUGAAUUUCAGACCAAAGAACCAACAGGUGAAGACAACCUACAUAAAUAUCCUCUUGGAUCUUAUCGAGACGCUGAAGAAGCCUCCACAUAGCAUCUCCGAGACUGAGCUAAGCAACGCUCACUGCGUGUUGAUCGAUCUAACUGACGUUGGCUUCAAGCUACACUGGUUGAAAACAAAGCUUGAUGAAGUUUCCUUGGAGAGGAAGAAAUCAAAUGGCGAUGAUACUCAAGUCCAAGAACUCGAGGAACACAUCAAGAAUCUCAACGCUGAAGUGCACAAGGAGAAGGUCAAGUCUGCUACUUGUGCUGCUAAAGUUCUGUCGUUGGAGCAUACGGUGUCGGUUCUUAUAGAUCAAAUGUCGGAUCUCAAAGAUGAGGUGUCAGAUCUUAGAGAUGAGCUGAACAAGGAGAAGACCAGAUCUGUUACUUCUGCUGCUGAAGUUUGGUCGUUGGAGCAGACAGUCUCGGAUCUUAAAGAUGAGCUGAACAAGGAGAAGGGAAAAGUUUUGUCAUUGGAACAGACGGUGUUGAGUCUCAGAGAUGACCUAAAGAAGGAGAAGGGUGUUGUUUCCUCUUGGGAAGUGUUGGAUUACGCAUGA